GACACCGACAACUUUUCUGUUCAUCCACCAACAAUGUCGGACAUAAACGAUGAACCCUUCUUCAAGGGCAGCACGGGGAGGAAUACGAGGGGAGUGCUUCGUUUGACGAUUCUCUGCUUAAUUGCAGCUGCUGCGAUUGCCAGUCGACUAUUUUCCGUCAUUCGUUUCGAAAGUAUCAUUCACGAAUUCGAUCCUUGGUUCAACUUCAGAGCAACAAAAUAUCUCGUUCAACAUGGUUUCUAUGAUUUCUGGGAUUGGUUCGAUGACCGAACAUGGCAUCCACUUGGUCGAGUUACAGGAGGAACCCUUUAUCCUGGUCUCAUGGUGACCAGUGGCGUUAUCUACCAUGCCCUCCGAGCUCUCACGAUUCCGGUCGAUAUUAGAAAUAUUUGUGUGCUGCUUGCCCCGGGAUUUUCUGGACUGACCGCAUAUGCAACCUAUCUCUUCACCAAUGAGAUGACCACAUCUCCUUCUGCUGGUCUACUAGCCGCUGCCUUCAUGGGAAUUGCCCCAGGUUAUAUAUCUCGAUCAGUUGCUGGCAGCUACGAUAACGAGGCUAUUGCCAUUUUCCUCCUUGUCUUCACCUUCUUCCUCUGGAUCAAAGCUCUUAAGGUUGGGUCGGCUUUCUGGGGUGCAUUGUGUGCCCUUUUCUACGGAUACAUGGUGUCUGCUUGGGGUGGAUAUGUCUUUAUCACCAACUUGAUCCCCCUCCACGUCUUUGUGCUAGUAUGCAUGGGACGUUUCAGCCCCAGAGUGUACGUUGCCUACUGCACUUGGUUCGCAAUUGGGACGCUGGCAAGCAUGCAAAUUCCAUUCGUUGGAUUUCUGCCAAUUCGAAGCAGUGAACACAUGUCUGCCCUUGGCAUUUUUGGGCUUCUCCAACUUGUAGGCUUCGUCGACUUCAUCCGUGCAGGUGUACCAAGCAGGCAAUUCAAGACUCUGGUCACAGGAUUUGCCGUCUCCGUAUUCUUCGUGGCGUUGGCUGGUCUGGUUUUGUUGACCAUAACUGGUGUGAUCGCUCCAUGGACUGGGCGAUUUUACUCGCUUUGGGAUACCGGCUAUGCCAAGAUCCACAUUCCUAUUAUUGCCUCCGUCUCCGAGCAUCAGCCAACGGCCUGGCCUGCUUACUUCUUUGACUUGAACAUGCUAAUCUGGCUCUUCCCUGCCGGAGUAUAUCUCUGCUUCUUGAAGCUUAACGAUGAGCAAGUCUUCAUUGUCGUCUACUCCAUUCUUGCCAGUUACUUCUCUGGCGUUAUGGUCCGUCUUAUGCUUACGCUUACGCCUAUCGUCUGCGUGUCUGCGGCCAUGGCAUUGUCGUAUGUCCUCGAUACCUACUUAACUAUCAAGUCCCCAGCCGAACCAACAGAUGCUCAGGUUUCAGAGGCAGCCAAUGGCUCAUCGAGCAAGAAAACGGGUAAACAGGACGGGCUGCGCUCCAUGCGCGAGCCACUUGUCGGUAUUUACACGACUUUCUCCAAGACUUCGGUUGUCAGCGCCAUGACUGCCUAUCUCCUGAUUUUCGUGCUUCACUGCACUUGGGUCACGUCAAAUGCCUACUCGUCUCCAUCCGUUGUAUUGGCAAGCAGAAUGCCAGAUGGAAGUCAACAUAUCAUUGAUGACUACCGUGAAGCAUAUCAAUGGCUUCGCCAGAAUACACCCGAAGAUGCGAAAAUCAUGUCAUGGUGGGAUUAUGGGUACCAAAUUGGUGGCAUGGCCGACAGACCGACCCUUGUGGACAACAACACAUGGAACAAUACUCACAUUGCUACCGUUGGAAAGGCUAUGAGCUCCCGUGAGGAGGUCAGCUAUCCAAUCAUGCGCCAGCAUGAAGUCGACUACGUCCUGGUCGUCUUCGGUGGACUUUUGGGUUAUUCAGGUGACGAUAUCAACAAGUUCUUGUGGAUGGUGAGAAUUGCCGAGGGUAUCUGGCCUGAUGAGGUGAAGGAGCGUGACUUCUUCACUGACAGAGGAGAAUACAGAGUGGACGAGGGUGCCACCGAGACGAUGAAGAACAGCUUGAUGUACAAGAUGUCAUACUACAACUACAACACGCUCUUCCCAGCCGGGCAAGCGCAAGAUCGAGUCCGAGGCGUUAAGUUGCCAGAUGUCGGUCCAACGCUCAAUACAGUUGAGGAGGCUUUCACCAGCGAGAACUGGAUCAUCCGAAUCUACAAGGUCAAGGAUCUCGACAACGUCGGCCGAGACCACGCUUCUGCUGCGUCGUUCGACAGAGGGAACAAGAAGAAGAAGACCACGAAGAAGAGAGGACCAAAAAUUUUGAGGGUUGACUAAAAGGAGCAUGGGAUGGGACGACUUUUGUAUCAUAUGUUGUUAGCUGGACGGACAAAAGUACAGCGAGCGAUGUGUCUACUAGAAAUGUACUCGUAAAUAAAGAUAUCCAGUGUGUCGGUAUCGUGAUUCCGUGCUGCUGUUUGUUGCUCGGCCCACCACGUCAGUUUUGGAUCUGCUUCGUACUGAGAUCUGCAUCGCGAUUUUGACUUAUGCCUAAUUGGCAGCUAAAUGAACACCUUGACUCUAGCUAUUGUCAAAAACGACACACAGUCAGGUAUGGAUAACCCAGAGAUGGCACGAUG